AUGUUCAGAACUGCUCAGAUCGAUUCCAAUCUAUUAGACAAUGAACUUUACGACAUAUUAUGGUCCAGUGUGAAAGAGAAUCUCGAUAUUGCCAAUAAUAAAGAAGAAUGGGAAUUGCUAUUAAAUACUGUGAUAUUUCUUUUCGUUACAAAAAUUAGCAAUGUUGGUAAGGUUUCGACAACGUAUGGAUCUAGGCUGAGUGGAAUCUCAUUCACAUCUAAUAGGAGAUCACUCUAUGUGGUAUCUGUUCUCUCAAAAUAUCUGUACAAGAAAAUAUCUCAUUAUUUUUACUCAGCAAGUGCUGAGAAUAGUAAUUUGAAAUCAAGACUGUACAGAUGGAUCGAAACUGUUUCGAACACUUUUGACCUUUUAAAUUUUCUAAACUAUAUUUCUGCUAUGAAGAAUAGUUCGAAAAUAUAUUUGACCAUUUUGCAUAGGGUCUUCGAUGUCAAAGCAAUGUUGAACACAUCUGUACCGACAUUCUACGAAAAUUCGAUUAAUGCAGGUGUAGAAUACCAACAUAGACAACUAUUGUGGAAUGCAAUUCUAGAGCUAUUUAACAUAACUUUGCUUUCAAAUAAUUUUUUAUUAAUGCAAGCAAGAAAGACAGGAGGACCUACUACUAAUGUUAUCAAGAAUGGCAAAUCUGUUUGUCCUCUUUGUAAUGAAUUUCCAACCAAUCCAUAUAAAAUAUUGUGCUGUGGAAAAAUCUAUUGCUAUGUUUGUGCUGUGAAAAGUCUGGAAUGGAAGCAUUGCGCAUCCUGUGGAAGCACUUCAAAAUUAAAGGCAAUUGCUCUUUAUGACUAG